AUGAGAAAUUUCUUUAAAUUAAUUCAAAUUAAACGAUCCAAUAAAUAUCAAUCAAUACAUUUAUUACUUCCAUUAUUUACAGUUUUAACAUUUUUUGGUCCGGGAUUUCAAUCAAUAUCAAUUAUUGCCUGUUUAUGGUUUCCUGUGGCUAUAUACUAUUCAAGAAAUCUUUCAAGUUGGUGGGGUUAUAUACCAUUUUACUUUGUUAAUAGUAUAGGAACAACUUUAGCAUUCUUGGGAAUAUGGAAUAAAGGGAAUUCAAAUUGGUCACUUCGCACAUUUGGAUAUUCGAUUCUUCUUGGAUUAUCGAUGAAUUGUAUUUCACUUGUUUCCUUGAUACUUGAUAGAUUUGCACAAAUGUUUUUUCGCGGUUGGGCAAAAUUUAUGGUAUUUCCUUGUGCUUGGACAGCUCUCUGGAAUAUAUUUAUCUCUGUUCCGUUUUUUGGAGAUUUAACAAAUUAUGCAUUUAUAUUCUUUGGGUUUGAUGAAGUAAUGCAAUUUGCUUCUUUUGCUGGUUUAGGAGGAAUUAAUUUUAUUCUAUCUUGGCAUGGACCUGUAGGAGUUUACAUAUAUAAAAAAUGGAUUCAUAAAAAGAUAUUAUUAGCUAGAGAUCUUGAAUCUUUAAAUAUAAACAAAGCUAGAAAAGAAAAUCGAAGACCAUUAUCAAAUCCAAUGUUAAUUUAUCUUCUAGUUCUAUAUAUAACGAUUGGAUAUGGAUCAUUUCGAAUUUCUACUUCAUAUAUUCCAUUUUAUCAACAAAAUAUUGAAACAUUUGCAAAACCUGAAUUUACCAAAGUUGGAUGUGUAUUUAAAGCAGAAAAUCAAACUAUUUCUCAUUAUAUUGAAAAAACUAGAGAUUUAGCUUCUGUUGGAACAAAAUUUAUCUUAUGGUCUGAACAAUUAAUAACCGUUGAUCAUACAGAAUUAGUUGAUCUUACACAAUCUUUAGUAAAUAUUUCUCUUUCAUAUAAUGUUUAUAUUGGAUUCACAUAUCUUGAUAAAACUGAUGAAAAAAAAAGAUAUAGCAAAUUAGUAGUUUUUUCAUCAAAUGGUGAACUUUUAAUUAAUUAUGCUAAAACUCAUUUAUUUCCGUUUACAAAUGACGACAAUAUAAUAUCAGGUUCAGGUAUUUUGCAGGCUGAAAUGACACCUGACUUUGGAAUAAUUAGUGGUGCAAUAGGUUUUGAUUAUGAUUUUCCAAGAUUAAUUCACCAAGCUUCAAUUAAAAAUGUGAAUUUUAUGUUGGAUACUAGCUCGACUUCAACAAUAGAAAAUGGAUUUACACUUUUUAGAUGUAAUCACCUUGGAAUAAGUGGUGUAUGGAAUUCAUAUGGUAUGCCUUAUGCAGCGGUUCAAACAUUACAAGAUAUAACAAUUACAUUUCAAAUACCUAUAAAUAAACGAGUGAAAACCGUCUAUGGAAUAUUUGGUGAAACUUGGGGAUGGAUAUGUGUUGCAUUACCUAGAAUUAAUUAG